GCCUCUCGACAGGCUGAUGUGCUUUACAGACAGCACCGCCUGCCAAUGGGUUUCCCGGGGGCGGGACUUCUUGUCAAAGGGAAAGAGGGUCCCGGUGGCUUGGAGGUUUCGGUGCAGCUGGUAGUAUGGCCGCUGCCGCCACGUCUCCAGCUGAUAAAGAGAGAUUCAUCUGCAUUUACCCAGCAUAUUUGAAUAACAAGAAGACAAUAGCAGAAGGAAGAAGGAUACCUAUAGACAAAGCUGUUGAAAAUCCCACAUCUACAGAAAUCCAGGAUGUAUGUGCAGCAGUUGGAUUCAAUGUGCUGUUAGAGAAAAACAAGAUGUAUCCUAGAGAGUGGAACAGAGACAUGCAGUACAGAGGCAGAGUACGAAUCCAGCUCAAACAAGACGAUGGCAACCCCUGUUUACCUCAGUUUCCAACACGUAAAUCAGUGAUGCUGUAUGCUGCAGAAACUAUUCCCAAACUGAAAACAAGAACCCAAAAGAUGGGAGGUAGUGAUCAAAGUCUUCAGCAAGGAGAGGGAGGCAAGAAAGGUAAAGGGAAGAAAAAGAAAUGAGCUCACAUCUGGAAUAAUUACAUCACACAGUCAGGACAAAUAUGGAAGGACACACAACUUGCUGCAAGAUUGAAGUGAAAGAUACAAACAAGAAGUAAACAGGUAAUGCUGAAGAGAACUGCCUGCUUUUGUGGCAACUGAAACGCAUGUAGAUGCCUCUCAGUAAAAAUAAAUCUGUCUUUACAAACAACCUGCAAGUGUGCACCUAGCAUUCACUUUUAGAAAUGGAAGAACAUAAGCAAAAUUGUGUGGGUGAAAGAAUUACUCUUCCCAGAAGAAAAUGCAGCUUUUGAUAAAUAUUCUUAUGCAGACUAAAUAUUUGAAAACUGGUUGCCUUAGUAAACCUUUUAUCUGUGCUAGUCAAGUGACUGUUUUAAUUCUGGAGGGUUUUUGUCACUAAUGGAAAAACAUUAAUCAGUGGUGUUACGGCUCUGUAAACUUCCCUAAUAAUCUUUCACAGCAGUCAUGUGUGCUAAUAA